AUGUUCUCCAAGUCGUCCAGAAUCACCAGGGACCAAACUGUACAGCCAGGAAUAAUGCUGAGUCGGGCGAGAUCUUCAGGUCUGUGCCAUGGCUGUCGCCAGGAUUUCCAAGUCUUCUUUGAAAAUGGAUUUUGCGGACCAGCUGUCACCCUGAAGAAUCGAACAACGCCACUGUCCCUGCGUUCGCGAAGGACAUUCGCACCUCAACAACUCAGAUCCUUCUCUAGGAAAUCCACGAUUUUCCAACGACAAUCUCCUUCAGAAUCCGAUCAGAGACAGGGAGAAUUGGAAAGGGAACGUGUACCCGCAGUUGAUGGCGACCUGGAAAAACUGGAAGUCUUGCAAGAGCUGGAAAAGGCUUUGGGGCGGCCUAUAAAUGAAGCCAUUGACGAAGAUCGAGCUGGACGCGUAUCCAUAAAAGACAUAUUUCCAGACAAGCAAGUAGACCUGGACGAUGACCCGGACAUCGUCGAUGGCGCAAGCGAUCCGCUUGCAAGCUUGCGAGCCGCUGGUGCAUCCUCUGAAGACAUUGCGCGAGAGGCGAGGCAGAUCUACGGAGACAGGCUCCCUUCCGUUGCUCUGCGAAAGGAGGAGUUGAAGAUGUACACACGACUCUAUGGAAACCCUAUUUCAACAUCUUAUGAAGAGUUUCUGGAUGAGGAGGAAGCAAGCACCGUCGCCGAGUCUCGAAACCAGCUCUUGGACAAAGAAGGCGAGCCAAUCGACUACGACCCAGAGCCAGCUGUAUUUGCACGAUUGGAAGUCACCAAGCAAGAGGAGUCUGCCGGCAAUAUCCCGAAGCCUGCGCAAGGAGGCAUUGACUUGAGAGUGACCGGCCAGCACAAUCCAGCACUUUCGUUAUCAGCUGAAGAAAGAGCAACGGAAAUAGCUCGGUUGCUUAGUGGCGAGAUUGUCGGAGAUCAGCAGGAGGAGACUGAGCAGGAUGAGCAAGAUCACAGCAUGCGACAACAUCCAUUCACUCGGCUUGGAAAGUUCGCGACUGCCCCCAGCAGCGUCCUCCUCUCCCAAGAAGACUUUGUGCAACCCGUUCAAAAAAUCCUAGGUCGUUUCUCCAACAAGCAUCUGAAAGAGAUGUGCGAAAAGACCUUCGGAGGACCUGGCUUUCCUGACUCGCCUUUGACACCUAGAUCAGGACGGUCGAGACCCCAAAUACCCAUCCCUCUCGAUGCCUCCCAACAUCUGAUGGGCGAGAUGGAAGCCAAUGCAUUCAUCACCACCAUCAUGCCACCCACGUACGCUGCCAUCAUGUCCGUCCUAGUUGAGACACGCAAGCGACUAGGCACCACAUGGCUGAACAAUCUGAUUGCAAAAGACGGAGGACCACGAGUGCUUGAUGCCGGUGCUGGCGGUGCAGGUAUCCUUGCCUGGCGCGAAAUUAUCAAGGCGCAUUGGGACUCGUUACACACUUCUGAUCAUGACCCCAUCCCUUCACCUCCCCCAACGAAAGCUGUCGUCCUCACCGGUUCCGAUACAUUGAGACAUCGGGCUGCCGCGCUUCUCGAGAAUACAACCUUCAUCCCACGCUUGCCCGACUAUGUACACACUCGCGAUGCGCCGACCCUAGAAGACGAUCGACCGGCACAACAACGGAAACAGUUCGACGUCAUUAUCGCACCCCAUACGCUAUUUGGACUGCAAGAAGAUUACAUGAAAAAGCAAUAUGUGCAGAACCUUUGGUCAAUGCUCAGCCCUGAAGGCGGCGUUCUGAUCUUAAUCGAAAAGGGCAUACCUCGUGGCUUCGAGGCGAUAGCUGGCGCGAGAGAACUCCUACUCGAGAGGUACAUUGCUGUGCCGGAAGGCCGAGUGACAGCAUACAGCAAGUUGCAUAAUGAUACAGAAGACAUUCACACGCGAGAAACUGGUAUGAUUGUGGCGCCGUGUACCAAUCAUGAAAAAUGCCCAAUGUACAAUAUCCCUGGUCUCUCAAAGGGUCGCAAAGACUUCUGCAGUUUCCAGCAACGGUACAUACGACCCAGCUACCUGCAGCGAGUUCUUGGGGCAAAGGAUCGCAACCAUGACGAUGUGGAUUUUUCGUACAUUUCAGUGAUGAAAGGAGAGGAUCUGCGACAUCGACAAGUGCACUCGUGGCGAGGGCUAGAAGACUCUCUUUCUGCUCCGCUCCAUCCAAAUCCCCAGCUUGCGGCAGGGGACUAUCAAAAUUGGACUGAGCUUUCUCAAAGCGGCUUUGAGGAGGUCCAUCCAACAACUAACGUCGCUGACGCUCCGUCAAUAUUCUCCGACGCGGAGAAAAUUCCUUCGACUCUGCCCUUUACGCACAACCUCCCGCGGUUGGUUUUCCAACCAAUGAAGCGUCGAGGCCAUGUGCUUCUCGAUGUCUGUACUCCGUCCGGAAAGAUUGAGCGCUGGACCGUCCCCAAAUCUUUCUCAAAGCAAGCUUAUCGCGACGCGCGGAAGAGCCAAUGGGGCGAUCUGUGGGCUUUGGGUGCUAAAACACGCAUACCAAGGACGCUGAGGCUUGGUGGUGAAGAUACAAAAGAGGCAAAGAAAUCGAGAGGGCGCAAAGAGCGGCUGAAGCAGCAGGCUGAGGAGUUGAUGGAAAAGAUGCAUGAAGAGCAGCUGGAGGAAAUGGAAGACCAAAAGGAGAUGGAGAGGGCUUUCCGGGAGGGGAGAAUUCCAGGUGAAGACGACUAUGGAUUCGAAGGUCGGGAGGCAGUAGGAAGGACGUCUCGGCCAGGCAGGAUCAGGCGGGAAAAAUCAGCCAGCGGUGUUGAGAGCUUCCGGAUCGAGGAUUUCGACAUGGACGCAGUGAACCCACCUCUCUUCCCAGCAAAGACACACGGCGCGACCCCGACGUCCACACAUGAACCUCAUCGUCCUUUGUUGAAGCGAUCACAGACCGCCGCAACGGCAGACCAAGACGAGCAGGGAGAUCUCACAAUUGAAGAACUCCAGACCCUGCAAGAAUGGAACGAACAACUCCAGGGAGGAGAGGGCGGCAUCCCGACCAAAGGUGGGAGAUCGAUCCGACGAUAUUCCAAGUUCGCGCCCAAGGGCUUGAAGACGAUCGCGAGGAAGAGUGGGAAAGUCAGAUGAACACUCGAGGAAAGAAGGUGAUGAAUAUGCCUUCUGUACAACAAGUGUAUUAUAUAUAUAUUAUAUGUACAUGAAUAUGUAGUGAUACCAGGCACCUAGUCUCCCCUUUGUAUAUCUGCUCAGCUAGAUAUAUAUAUUAUAUACA